CAAAACACAGAAGAUCAACUAAAGAUAUGACAUAACACAGACUCACCAAAGCUGAAGGUCGACUUCAUUCUUUCCGUUUGACUGAUUUGAAUCGCUAUACGCUGCUCUCUCUCGUCUCCUCUUCAUAUCUACACUUUUCGCGGCACACGUUCAGCCUGAGGAUGUGGCAGCAGCAGACCUUCUUUGUUCUCUGGGGGUUCAUCACUGGGUCUCUCUCGGCCUCGUGGGACAUGGCGGUGUCUCCGGUGGUCUUUGUCCCCAGAGGAGAAGACGUGGUCCUCCCCUGCUCCUUCACUCAUCCCCGACAGCAGCGCUACUCCGGGAUGAUCACAUUGAAAUGGCUGGCGAGAGAAUCAAACGCCCUCCCGUUCCUCACCUGCUCAGUUAGAAACGAGUCCAUGGAGGGACAACACAGCUGUGCAGUGUCAGAGUUCAAAUAUUCUACGUAUGGUGACCUUCGUCGGGGGGAGCUGUCCCUCCUCAUCAGAAGGGUCCAACUGGGUGAUAACGGCACAUUCUUCUGCAGGGUGGAGCUGGACCGUGUGCUGCAAUAUAUCCAGAAAGAGACGCAGCUCUAUGUGACAGUUCAACCUCAGAUCCUGAACAUGUCCGUGGUGGAGCCGGGUUCAGACGGCGCCCCCCGGAGGCUGCAGUGUGAGGUGGAGGGCCAACCGAUGCCCAACGUUACCUGGCUGUCGGCCUCCGGGACCCCGAUGCAGGACCUGGAUGUGAAGAACCAGCAGAGCGGCCCGGCCCGGCUGCUCAGCUCGGUGCCGUACCUGCAGGAGGUGCUGAGCUGCAGGGCGGAGAGCCGGCUGGGGGUCGCAGAGCGGAGACAUCCAGCCACACACAGAGGACAUGUUGGCGCCCAGCUGGUAGUUCGUCUGGUUCUCUUCACUCUGCUCACUGCGCUCCUCGUCACAGGGACAUCUGUUCUCAUCAGAAGGAAGCUGGAGGACCAUCGUGUGCCGCCUGCAGACUUCCUGGAGGAGCUGUGA